AUGGUGGUCGGCAACCCUUUGAUGCAUGCGGAGGUCCUACCCGAGAAACGCUGCGAGUUCGCAGUAGCCGGGAAAUUACGAAAGCACCGGCGGGAAAUUCUGUCAAUAUUACGGGAGCAGCAGUUUCGGGCGGCGAAGAGAGAGACAGGGAAAUUCUGUCAACAUUACGAGACUCCUCUUCCGACGGGUGGCAAAGAGAGAGACAGGGAAAUGGAUAGGAACAUCCUAGAAAACGCUUGCAGUGAACAGGGAGCUAGAAUGUCUGCAAUGGACAGCUCAAGCAGAAAUGCUGGAGACAUGCUCGAUCGCCUCACACUCACUUAUAACAGAACCCGUCAAGCAUCUAUCACUACAGAAUUGAUAGAGAUUAUUUCUGGAGCAUCAGCACUCGAGGGCUAA